AUGCCUUCCUCCAAGAACUCGUCUUCCUCCUCUCUUGAAUCAUUCCACAUCAAGCUUGACACAGCUCGGAGGCAAGCCAUUGUCGAGGCUGCUCUUCUCUCCCCCUCUUGUAUUCUACAUUUUGAACAUUUCUUUGCUGAUGACGAGGAUGCCCUCGCCCAGAUUACCACUUUCCGUUCCAUGAACCUCAUUGUUGCCUAUGCCUCCCUGCACCCUGACGCUACUCAGUCACAUCUUAUCAUAUCCCAAGCCAUAAAAAUCAAGCAUCUUACAAUGAAAAUCCUUAUUAGAAAGAAAAUUGAGGACGCGCUCCUCUCCCCUGACUUCCCUUGCGCCAGAGACUCUCUCUGCUCACAAUCCUAUUGUUAUACCGCAUCACCGGAACCUGUCGAACAGCUUGCUGUUCGCACUGGUGGAGCCCCUCGUCGUGCAAGAAAGCAGAAAAGAGAAGUCGCCUUUGGCGUCAGACUUUCCUGCCCUAUCCGACCUCGACCUGAAUCUAUUAAGGAAGAGAAGGAAGAUCAGGAGGAUAUCAUCAUCACUCCUUACACCCACACCCAGUCCAAAGAGACCUUCCGUGAUCGCUGUGGAAACUACACCUCCACCAUCACCUGUCGGUACUGCAGCCUUGAAGGCCAUCGGCAGAUCAACUGCCCCCGUUAUUAUUGCCACGUAUGCAUGACUCAUGUGCCAAAACAUCUCUCUGCAUUCUGCCCUGAUCUUAAGGGUACUAAAAUUAUUAACGCCAAACCAGGCACUCAUGCAUUCCAUUAUCAACUCAAACAAUGGGAGAACACUCGCGAUAACGAAGCUGAUGAAUUCGAGGCGCAGGUCACCCGUGACGCUGAUCUUGACCCGGAGCUCUAUAGGAACGAGGAUUUCUGA